AUGAUCCCCUAUUUCAUUAUAAAGGGAAUCUCUGAUGUUCCUGAGCUCCAGGCUCCUAUAUUUGUUCUGGUUUUACUCAUUUAUCUCGUUGUUCUUGUCGGGAAUAUGAGUCUUCUCCUCCUGGUCUGCCUGGACUCUCAUCUUCACACUCCCAUGUAUUUCUUCCUUGCUAAUUUGUCUAUAGUGGACAUGAUGUCUCCUAUUGUCACCCUACAUAAGACCCUUCUAACCUUCAUCACUGGAGAUAAGAAAGUGCCCUACCUGGCCUGUUUGGUACAAUUCUAUAUGUUUGUAUCUUUAUCAGGACAAGGAUUUUUCAUAUUGACGGCCAUGAGCUAUGAUCGAUAUGUAGCUAUUUGUAAACCCUUGACUUAUAAAAUUAUUAUGAACUUCAAGAUAUGUCUUCUAUUGGCAUCAUGUUGUGGGAUAUUUGGCUUUUUACAAGCCAUUUCUUAUGUUUGCCUACUUGCCCAAAUCUCUUGUUAUUCAUCCAAUGUGAUUGGACACUUCUUCUGUGAUCUUCUCCCUUUCAUAGAUAUAGCCUGCAGUGACGUGACAACGCUGGUAACACUUUCCCGUAUACAAGGGAUGAUUAUUUUUGCCAUUACCCCUCUUGUUCUCAUUUCAACAUCUUAUAUCUUUAUAAUAAGAUCCAUAAUGAAGAUAAGUUCCAACAUUGGUAGAAGAAAAGCCUUCUACACGUGUUCCUCACACCUCACAGUCAUUGUGCUGCUUUACACAUUGCUGUUCUUGCAAUACCUCAUACCAAGUAAUAACUUAAGCUCCAAAAAAUUAUAUUCAUUGUUUAACACGGCCAUUGUCCCCAUGCUCAACCCGCUGAUUUACAGCCUUAAGAACACAGACGUCAAAACUGCUUUUAGAAGGAGGAUCAGGAAGUGUAAAGCGAACACAUUCUGCUGUAUAACAGAGGGCAAUGUCAUUGGAACAAAGAAAGAAAAUUGA